AUUUCGAAUCAGACAGGGCUGCGGAUACCAUGGAUCCUCUUACUCAUAAUCGGAUGCAUUUCCAGUUCUCUCGCUGUAUGAUCGUCCAUGAAUUUGAUCAACCACUCUCCUUAAUAUAAAAGAUCUCUUCCGGAAAAAUUGAUUUUUUUUUCACUGAGUUUUAUUAUUUCGAAUAUUUUCAUUAAAUUGGGCCAAAUGCUGGCGUAGCUUUUUCUCGUAACAAAUUUGUGAAACCCACUCAAAUCCAAUCCAUGAAAACUGUGAAACUCAGCCCAAUAAUACGCCCCCAAUCUUCACAAAUAAUUUCCCGCCUCAACAAUCUUCUCAAACAAUUCUCUUCGCAAUCUAGUAAUCUACAUCACCUUAACUACACCAACUAAAAUUACACACAUAUACAUACACCAUACUUGUAUCUAUAUGUAAAAAUGGAAGCUGAAGCUGCAGCAAAGAGAGGGUACAGCAAGAGCAGCAAAUUGGGUGCUUCGAGUUCGUUGAAGAAGAAGAGAAAGCCACUGUCGGAUCUUACUAAUUCCGCAAAUCCUAACCCUAAUUCUUCAAAUUCAUUGAAAAAACCUAGUAAUUUCAGGUCUAAACUUCUCUCUCCGGCUCUUAAUUGCUCUAAUCUAUCUGAUUCCAGCAUUGGUUCCUCAAAUUUCAACACCCCUGUUCCUGGUUAUCAGGGUAAAAGAAAGGAUGCUGGUCUAUCAGUCGGUGCUCUUAUGCGAGUGAAACAAGAGAUUGGUGAAAGAACAAGCAUCCCUUAUUCUGCUGCUUUGAAUUUUCCUCCAGUGGAGAAGACAAAGGAUAAAGGAAAGGCUACUAUUGCUGCACAUGUGGAGAAGACAAAGGAUAGAGGGAAGACUACUAUUCCCGCUCAUGCGGAAAAUACAAAGAGUAAAGGGAAGGCUAUUAUUGCUCCUCGUGUGGAGAAGACAAUGGAGAAAGGGAAGGCUACUAUUGUUCCUUAUGCGGAGAAUACAAAGGAUAAAGGGAAUGCAGUUGAUGUAGCUUUCAAAGUUCUUGCAGGAGAGAAAACGAGGGAUAAAUCGAAGGGAGUAGCUGGAUAUGUCAGUAAUCAUGCUUUGCUUAAUCAACAAAGUGAAGGGGAAGGUAUUGCUUUGUCUCGCGGUAACAUUUGUUUGGAGAGUGCAAAGGACAAAGGAAAGAAAAAUGACGCUACGCCUUGUUUGCCUUCUCUAGCUAAAACAAAAGAUAAAGGCAAAACAAUUGUUACAGCUGCAGGUUUCCCGACUCUGAAGAAAAGAAAGGAGAAAGGUCAGGGGGUCUCUUUUUCAUAUAGUUGCCCUCCUCCUCUGCCUAAGGGUAGACAUAUUCGGAAUGAGCUCAAUGGAUCUGGAGAUAGUGAACCAUCUGAAUUCCGUACAGAUCCUCAUAUGAUGCAUAAAAAGAAGAGACGUUGCAUGCCGCGUGACCAAGAUACUCUAGAAUGUAUCUUACCAUCAGAUUUUAUUGAGAAACAGAGAGCCUAUUUCAAGGAGGUUGAUGAGUUUGAACUAUUGGAGGAAGAGGCUUCAGAUAAUGAAAAAUAGAUUACAAGAGGAGAAUCGAUGUUAUAAAGAAAUAGUUGUUGGAAGCAGUUUGUAAGAAGAUUCUGUUGAACUUUAUACAAACCACUUGCUGCACAUCAGGAUGGGCAAGGGGGACACCAUUUACAACAUUGUCUUGGAAUCUAAGCAUUCAAAGUUAGGUUAUCAAGUGGUCCUAAUAUUCAUCCAACGUCUCAAGUACCUCAAAGAGUGGCUAAACUGUUCUUAUCUAGCUAGCUGUAUAUUUUCCCAGGUCUAUGUCACUAGUUAUGUAGUAUAUAUCUUGCUUAAUUGCAGCCGGAUAAUACAGAUUAAGAUUGAAAUGACGGGUUUUCUAUGUUUUGCGUUGAAUAAGAAUGUGCAUCCAGUCCGGGAACUAAAGUUCCCACCCUCCUGACAGACUGAUUUAUAAUUUAUGAUGUCUGGUGUAAGAUUGAUGUUAUGUAUGUUGUUAAGGUCA